AUGACCAUUACAAUGAAGUUCAUUACCUCACUGAGGAUGCCAGAAAUAAAGCCUUGGAUGAUAUUGAGUCCCGCCGUAUCCAACUUGAAAUAUGAUGAUCUUGAAACAAAAAUUAAUGGCCUUAAAAAGCAAAAAGAUAUUGCUGAAAAAAGUGAGGCGUCCUUAAGGACGCCGUCCGUCAGUGAUACUGAGAUUGAGAAGCUUCAACAGGAAAAUGAAGAGCUUAAAACACAAAUUUUCUCACAAAUUCCUGAGCUUCAAAAGGAAAUUACAACUGUAAUUGACGCUGUUCAAAGUAAAAUUACUGAACUUGACAAGAAGAAAAAAGAUGUUGAUAGCCUUCAGUCUCAAGUGAAUGAGCUUAAAAAGCAAAUUGAGGAGGGGGAAAAGAAUCUUAAAAGCCCGCAAAAAUAUGAUGAAAAUGAACUUAAAAGGCUUCAAGAAGAGCUUCAAAAAGCAAAAAAUAAUUUCCCUGAGAAAGACUCUAAAUCUCUUGACUCUCAUCAGAAGUCUAUGAAUUCUGUCAGAAGUCUACAUGAGCUUUGUCAACAUUGUGAGAAUGUUAGUAAAACACAGAAAAAUGAUGGAAACUGUAAAGAUAUUUUAUCUAAUUUGUGCACUGGCCUCGAAAAAUUUCUCGGCUACCAUGAUGGUAAUUACACUGGCAGUGGCAUCGUGUACUCGGACCUUGACAGGCUCUGCGACGGGGUGAUGGCGUUCUUGGGUGGAGUUCUUGAGAGUGUGAGGGAUGAUGAUUCCGUUACUACAUAUAAUACUACACAAAAUGACAUUAAUAAUGUUAUUACCACUUUACAUGAUAGUGUAGGUAAAGGCCGUCAGGCCUUCCCGGAGGCCGUGUCCAAGGUAAGUGAGUGGUUGAAAAAUCAUGGUGCGCAGGUGGACCAAAAAAUCAAGAAGGUUAUGGAUCCUAUAAAUCGUCUACAAAAUGAAAUACAACGUCAUAAAGGUAAGAUUGAAGAUGAAAAAAUCAGUGAUCUUUCUACGCAGAUAGGCAACUGGACUGGGCGCGCCGGACAGUACAUUCUUCUCGCCAAGGAGGCCGAUGAGGCCAGAGAAAAAUUGGAUCCAGAUUUAUCAGGUAAGUUAGAAUGUAAUGUGAAAUCGUUGUUUCAGGCUCUGGAGGCUUUCAAGGUGAACGCUGAGAAUGACGAUUUGAAGGAAGUGUAUGGGCUGGUCGGGACGAAAUUGAAUGAGGUUACAAGAUUUUUUGAAAAAUACUUCACGCGGUAUUCCCAUGCGCUUCAGAAGUAUUUGGAAGAUGAAAUCAGCAAGUUGUAUGCGAAGGUUUUCAACCUUAAAUCAACUCAAUUUUGCGAAUUGGAAACCUCCGUAUUUGACGGCCUUCAGAAGUCCUUUGACACGGUGAGCGGUGCGUUGGCCAAUCUUAAGAAUAGGUUUGACAGUGACAUUGUUGAAGGCGUUAGCAGUAUUUUGGAGGAUGCAGGGAGUCUUCAAGUAUUGGUUGAAGAUGAGAAAGGGAGGCUUAAGAAAGAGGUUGAACAGUUGAGUAAACGCUUGUCUGAACUUGAAGAGGUUGGUGAUACGGUGAAGGUGCCGAAUAAAACCCUGAGUGAUUACGAGCAAAUGGGUGAAGAUGAUAAUGUAUGGGAUUUGAGAAGUCCGAUAAAAUCGCUUAAGCAGGAGCUGAAUGAGAAGUUUAAAAAGUAUGUGACAGAGUAUGUCAAGAAAGUUCAGACGGAAGUACAGAGCAUUAAAGAAGAUAUGAAGAAUGUGAAUCCGAAAGGAUCUGUUCCAGGCGGUAAAAUAUCCAAGCUCCACCGGCAAGCCAAAUCGGUCAAAGAUGACAUUUUUAAAUUAGAUGGCCAACUUCAGCUGGCUGCCGGUAAAAUUGGCAAAACUAUACAUGACUCUGUAGAGCAAGUUGGCACAGCGCUUACCACGUUGGACACAAAAGUGAAAUUUGAUUUGGAGAAGUUGGAAGGACAGGUUAAGGGUUUGUUCGGUGACCUUAAACGCAGUUCGCAAGGAUUUUGUGAUAAAUUUAGUGCAACUAAAGGAGCACUUUUUCAAGCUAUCACUGUCGUGGAGAGUGCAAUAACGAAAUUGGGAACUCUUGAUCAACUUGAGAGUAUUGAUACGUCUAAGCUUAGAGACCUUAAAUUAUUAACUGCGCUUAAGAAAGGCGGCGUUGAUCCCUUCGACUCUCUUAAACAGUAUUUCCAGAAGCUUGACAUCCAAGUCAUGCAACCUGUCAAGGAGGCGAUGGAGAAGAUUAAUGAAUUGGUUAAGAUAUACGCUGGUUACUACGGAGUGAAUCGCUUACCAGAUGAACUAAAGAAAUCGCCGGUUAAUGAAAGCAUAACCACCGCCUUAAAAUCUCUUACAACUAUUAGUAAUCUCACUACCCUGCCGAAUCUGACUAAUGUUAAAUCACUUCUCGGAAACAUCGUAUUUGACGAUCUAAAUACAGAAUUUUCCAACGUGCUUCCUGUCAUAAAUAACCUCAAAACGAAGUCCGUGGAGAAUAUAAGCAAAGAUGAAUUGGAAUCCCUCCUCCCCAAAUUAGCUGAAAUGGCCAAAGCCGUCGCCACGCACUCGCACAGUGUGGUCAGAGCAGUCAUCGAUGGUGUCAGAACUGAAGUCCAAACAGAAAUUCAUAGUGUUGCCCAGGCUAUAAAUUCUAAAGUGAAUAAGAUUAAACAAGGUGUAAAUAAUGGCAGUGCCGGUGACAUAAAAGUUGAGUACGGCGGCGGCGGCGAAACGGAAAACGUUAGAGGACUCGAGUGGUUGGUGACUGAUUUUACAAGCAGCAUCAAUACUGUGAUUCAAGGACUUGAUAAGCAAGUGGAAGGUGCCUUUAAGAAGGGUAGUGGCUCGAAUGAGUAUAAUAUUCAGGAAGCCAUGCCGCAAUAUUACAACUGGGUGAAGGAGGACGGCACCCAAAAAGAAACCCUUAAAGCCAAGAUCGCUGCCAUUAAAACAGAUCUGAAGGACUAUUUUAGGGCUGGUGAUGUUAAUAGGUUGUCCAGUUUCAAGCUUGAUAAAGAUGGCCCGUUCAAAGAAUAUUACUCAAGGAGGCAAGUAGCCACGGAAGUCAUCGGAAGAGUACUCGAGAAAAUAGGUAUACUUGAAGGAACCUACCCUACUGUUGAGGCGCUUGACACCUAUCUUGGAGAUGCCAUGGAUGACUCGGGUGACAACCUUUCCAGGAACGUUACCGCCCUCUCCGGAAGGGGGAUCCAUCUCGCCGACAAAAUCGAUGCCCGAGUUAGAGUCAACGUAGAAGCAGCAAACGACAAACUCAAGACACUCCUCCAAGAGACGGCGCAUGAAGCAAUCACGAAGAUGCAGGCGACGGUUAAUGAGAUCAUCAGCGGUGAACUGGGCGAUAAUAAAUCUAAUCUGACGAAAAUUAAGGAGACGCUCGCGGCGCUUCAAACAAAACAGAAUGAUGGUGACGUGAAAGCAGGCGCACCUGGCGGCAAGUCAACCCUUGAAAAGAAAGCUGCGGAGCUUGAAUCACAAAUCGGCACGUUUCUGAGUAAGAACGUUGGCGACACAGACGAUAAAGCAGGCACUGUAUACAACGAUUUGAAGACGCUUCAAGAGAAUAUCAGGACACUUAGCACGAAGGUUGUAGCAGUUAGGGACAAUGCAAGAAAGGUUGAAACGGAAAUUACCUCGUGCAUGGCCGCUACCGACAAGCUGAUGACCGAUGCGCUGCAAAAAUCGAAAAAUACUAUGAAAGAAUUCCAUGAUGUCGUCAAUCGAAAAAUCACCGACACGUUCCACGCCAUGCAAGAUGAAGCUAGGAACCUAUAUGCAGAACGGAAAAGAAAGGAGGUUGAAGCCUUGAAAGACAUUGUAAAUGCGCAGCUUAGAGAAAUUACAAGCAUUAUCGACUCCGACAUAGCCUCCGGCAUCAAGGGUCUACUGGGGGAAAUGAAAGGCGAACAUACAAAACUGGAUCCAUUGAAUACUGGAGCAGAUAAAUCAAAAUUAACUGCAGGAUGUGAAGCAGUGAAAACCUAUUUCACAGCCAUAUCUACCUACGUCAGACGGCAAAUUAAAGACCCUAAAUAUAUUGCUUAUGUAGUUUCCCUCCUCCCCUCCCUCCUUGAGACUCUCCUCGACGAUCUCGCCACGCACCACUUCGAUCACCAGUUCCACAAAAACCUCUCAGAACUCCAAAAAUGUCUCGUCGAUAUGCGUUCCAGAUCCCUUGCCGACGCGUCCAAUCCGCUGGCCGAGGCGCUCAAAAAAGGCUUGCUGGCGUUCGGCGAUGAACUCGGAAAGGCGUACGUCAACAGAUACUCCGGAAGAGAGUGGGACCUAAAGGACUGGAAUAACUAUGGCAAAAUAGGAUUGACUGUUAUCCCUACGCUGUACAGUGAGUUGACUACGUUGAAGGACCGAUGCAAUACAGAUUGGUCCGCAAAACAAAUUUGCGCGCCUAGCAGCCUCGGCAGUUAUCUGAAGACUGUCGGCUAUGACGUGGCAACAAGUUACUCCAAUCAAGACGGAGAGUUGCAAAAUGAGAAGAAAUGCACCGGUGCAGAUAUUAUUGCCAAUCUAGCCAAGGCAAUUGACGGCAGCAACAUUCCACACCUCACAACGUGUAUAACAGACAAACAAAAUAAGAAAAAUGGUUAUAAUCUCAUGGACGUCAUCUCAUGUCUUAAAUCCCAUCUUCAUCAAAUUUACCAAGUCGGUCACUGUAAGCAUAUCGCGUCACCUAAGUCACCGUGCUCUGUCAACGAGAUGCUCUGCUGGCUCUCCGGACUCCCACAUAAUAAGGUUUAUGGCAAGCUCAAAGAUCACUGUAGAACACUGUUUAAUAAGCCCAAGGGACAAGAGCACAUAGAAUAUUCCGACAUUGACCCAAAAUAUCUGACACUAGAUGCAUCUCCAAUUAAUGUUACCGCGAAGGACGCGCAUUCCGCAAUUGACCAUCUCUGUUCUAAAUCCCAGACCCUACUCAACUCUAUCCUUGGAACCGGUGAUGCAGACUGCACGUAUGCCUGUGAUGUUUCUAAUAACUCACUAAAUCUACAAUACCCAUCCUCCGGGGGAGCGUGUCUGCAGAUGCUUCUUGACUUGCUUCCCAAUGCAGUCUCAGCGUGA